AUGAUGACCUUCCUCUGCCUGUUGCAGAUGAUGAUCUUCCCGUGGAAGAUCAUCAUCUACUGCCAACACGCACAGCGGAACUCGGGCUUGUACAAGCGAGUCAACAGGUCGUCGACAAGGUCAACGCUUGUAUCAGAGUAUCGGUUGUACUCUGUUGCUCGAAACGAGAAGCAGAUGCUUGUGUACGAUCACAACGUGCGCCGUAUCAAAAGAGAACAUCGAGAGACGCUGAUUUUUGUUCAAAAAGAAGUUCGCACAGUCACAACUUGGACUCGAUGCGGCAAUCUUCACGAUACUCGCUUCAAACAGAAUCUUUCGCUCUGCAUCCGCGUUCACUUCCUGUUGUUUCAAGCAACAUUCUGUCGCAUCGGUCGCUGGACCUUUGUCACAUUUGAACGGACCAUUCUACCCAGACGACAGCUUGAGGGCGAAACAUUUGGCUCACAUCGAUUCAAGACAGAAGAAAUGAAUCAAAAGCCGAGGAGGAAGAUCGGCAAGAUCGCGGAUCGACGCACUGCUCCACAACCGCACCCGCAAGUCGGCUUCUUGGCUCACUCGAAGCCCGUUCUGCAAAUCUGCUUUGACAGAUUCGCUCAGGACCUUCCCUCCAAGCGCAGCACAGACGCAGUUUCGUCGCUCAACACAAUCGAUCCGCUGGAUGCUGCCAUGUAUCACAAGCCUCAUGCAAAUGUGGAGCGCACCUGCGAGUCAGCGUAA